GUCAGCAGCUGAAAUUUUGGCGCUACUUAUGUCAUAUCUGCUCAGGAAUGUUAUCUUUCCACAGGAAUAUCAUCUCUCUGCUUAGGAAUUGGAUUCAUCGCUGUUGGACAUUACCGUCAAAAUGUUUCAAAAAUUUAUUGGUUUGCUCAGAGUCCUUGCUGCUAGUUCGCAGUUGCAACCAUUCCAGAACAUCACCAUCCAGAGUUCUGGCAUAGAUCGUUACUAUCUACUCACCCUUCCGCCAAAUUUCGAUUCUGCCGUCCCAACGCCUGUAAUAUUUUCCUUUCAUGGCGGCGGCGAUACUGCAAAUGAGCAGUUUGAGCUCUCGCAAAUUUCCAACCCAGAGUUCAAUGAUUUUGCCAUUGCUGUCUACCCAAAUGGCAUCAAGAAAACUUGGGAGGGUGUUCCCAAGGUGAAGACGAAUGACAUUCAAUUUACUUCUGAUAUCAUUACCAACUUAUCUUCAAAGUAUACAAUCGACACUUCACGUAUCUUCGCAACAGGAAAGUCAGACGGUGGAGGAUUUUGCAAUGUUCUGGCAUGUGAUCCUGUUCUCUCUACUCAGAUUGCAGCUUUCGCACCGGUAUCUGGAGCUUUCUAUGUGAAGAACGAGACUGCUUGUAAGCCGGAAACUAUCACGAUUCCCUGCAAUCCUGGGCGAACGAAGAUACCGAUGCUAGAAUUUCAUGGGGGCGAGGACAAUGUGAUUAGAUAUGAUGGAGGGGGGAGGAAGAAAGAAUGCUUGCCAAGCAUACCACAUUGGAUUCAUGAUUGGGCGAGGAGAGAUGGGUUGAGUGUGAAGAAUGAGAGUAUGGAAUUGAAAGGGACAAAUGAUACGGUGGUUUAUGAAUGGGGGAGUGGAGAUGAUGAAGGGCUUGUGAAGCAUGUUUUUGAUUCGAGUAUCAAGCAUGAUUGGCCGAGCACUGUGAACAGUUCGGACAAUACCAGAACUGGUCAUGAACGGGCUUCUUUCAAUGCGACUCCCAUUAUUAUUGAAUUCUUCAAGAAGCAUCAAUUGGCUUGAGAUUUCAGAGACAAGUUUAUGGGCAUGCAAGAAUUUCAAGAACACUUCGAUAUAUCAAGAGAUGGAAAUGUCAUUUAAACCCUUCCAG